AUGGCACAUCCGACGGUGCCGAAAUUAAUACGCAAGUACGGUUAUCCAUCGGAGACGCAUACCGUGGUGACAAAGGAUGGCUAUAUCCUGGAGAUGCAUCGCAUACCGAAGCGUGGCGCCCAGCCGGUGCUGCUGAUGCACGGCAUACUGGACACGUCGGCCACGUGGGUGCUAAUGGGGCCCAAGUCGGGGUUGGGUUAUAUGCUCUCCGACCUGGGCUACGAUGUGUGGAUGGGCAAUGCGCGUGGCAAUCGCUAUUCGAAAAAUCACACCAGCCUCAAUAGCGAUUACCAGGAAUUCUGGGAUUUCACCUUUCACGAAAUGGGCAAAUACGAUUUGCCCGCAAACAUCGAUUAUAUCCUCAGCAAAACAGGCUACGACCAAUUGCACUACGUGGGACACUCGCAGGGCACAGCCGUCUUUUGGGUCCUCUGUUCGGAGCAGCCCUCCUACACACAAAAAAUUCUCUCCAUGCACGCAUUGGCGCCGAUCGCCUUCAUCUCGGACAUGAAGAGUCCACUGUUUCGUACUUUGGUGGUUUUUCUGGAUUUCCUCACGGCGGCGACGCGCAUGUUACGCAUUACUGAAUUUAUGCCCAACACAAAGCUGUUUGUGGAUCACAGCCAGGUGGUGUGUCAUGACAAUGCAAUGACACAGGACGUCUGUUCGAAUAUCCUGUUUCUGGUGGCCGGCUACAAUUCGGAGCAGUUGAACAAG